GCGACGCGUUCAGAACGACAAAACGGAUCGGAGUGUGUGGAGACUGUAAUAAAUUAAUGAAAAAAAAGACUCUUCUUGUGGUCAAGGAUGAUCGAACCCCCGAGUGGCGGUGAAGUGCAAGCAUAAGCAAACAUAAGCAAACAACAAAAAUCGACAGAAUAGCAAUCGGUGGAGUCAUAUUUUUGUUUUGGUGCCCCACAACAGUUCAGUGGAUAUUGGAAAACCUCACCUUAGACAGCUGUGAAGCGAACAAAUUUUCUUUUUGUAACGCCGCGCAUAUGGUUCAUUAAAAGUGUGGCAGAACUUUGGCACUGGCGACAAGCAACCAGCAACCAGCAACCAGCAACGAGCAACGAACAACAAGCGACGAUCGACGACCUGUGGCAAUGCUCCGGCAAAUUGUGCGGGUAAUUUCCAGCUCGGCUUAAUUUGGUCUAAGCCAAAUGGGCAUGCGCAUGCGCACCGUUCGCCGCUGUCAUUCGAAAGUUGCCUCUGCGUGACACACAUUCGGAGCAUUAGAGUUGGACUCUGCCAGACAAGUCGGAGCGCUGCCCUGCCGCAUCUGGAAGACGUAGUUAUAGAUAUACCAAGGGGGACUCGCAGUCGGGACUCUUGGCCGGCCCAAGUCCAAAGUCGGCUCUAGCUCUAGCUCUGGCUCUGACUUUGUUGCAUUAUUCAUGCUCUUCGGCGGCAUCGACAUCCACAUCCACAUCCACAUCCACGCAACGGGAACGACCGAAGAUGACGCUGCGCUUAGUCAGCAUAUUAUCGGCGGCAUUACUUCUGCUUUGGCCCGCACAGCUGGACGCGUUUAUCACGCCGAAUACAGGCUGUCAUCACAAUGGCACUUGGUUCGCGGACAAAUCGGUGGUGCCGAGCAUGGAGAAGUGCCUGAACUGCCAGUGUAACCGAAAGACGCUAGUGUGUCGACUGAAGGUCUGCCCCGAAAUGCCCAUGCCGCCGCCCAGGGGCUGUGUGGUGGUCCAGAAAAAGAGCACCUGCUGCCCAUAUCUAUCCUGCGCCAGACUGGAUGCCUUCUACAAAAUACCCACCAAGCGCCGCAUCAUCGCCUACUUGGAUCACUAUGAAAGGGAGUCCAUCGAUCGGGUGGUCAACGAUAAUAUGCUUCAAAGACGCUCCGAUGAUUCCGACACGGAUCUGUUCGUCUGUGUGAAAAAUGGUACCGUCUAUAAAUCUGGCUCGGCGAUGUCAUCUUCGAAUCUGUGCAGCUACUGUUAUUGCAUAGGCGGUACCGAGAAAUGUGUGAAGCCGAAAUGCAUGCUGCCCGUGGAGGGCUGUAAGCCCAUAUUUGUGGAUUCCACCUGCUGUCCGGUGAGGUAUGACUGCAGCAGCAAAACCUCCGGAAAAUCGUCGCAGGAAGUGCGCUACAGGAAGACCUCGAACAAGCACUUCCAGCGCAUGUCGCAGCGCCUGCAGCGCAAUCGAGGCUGCACUGUGGGCGCCCAGUUCUACGCGGAGGGUCAGAAGAUGCGGUCGGAUGCGGACAGGCCGUGCGACAUAUGUUUCUGCAUCCGUGGAACGCGGCGUUGUGCUCCGAAAAAGUGCUCGCCGGCUCUGAAGAACUGCAUUCCGGUGGUGCCGAAGGGUCAGUGCUGUCCAUCCAGUUACGAUUGUGGCAGCCAGCGGGAUUAUCGCAGAUCGCACAACUCCAGACAGUUCAAUCUGUACAACAUGCUCUUCGGCAAGGAUGAGCCAACGGAGCAAAGGGUGCCAGCUUUAAGGCCACAAGACUCAAUGGCCGAAAGAUAUCCCCACGAUCGUCAUCCCACGAGAGCUGCCUCGGGAAGUCACGUGGAGGCCAGUAGUGAAAAGAGCAUAAUGGACACUCUUCGCGAAGGUCUCGAGUUUAUUGAUGGUAACAACAACAAAAUGCUGGCCAACAAUUUAGACCUUGUGGGCAUGAGAACCACCCAGGCACCACCUUCAAUGAGAACAGAACCCAGUGCAGAGGGGAGCAGCACUACAGCUCUGAGUUUCUUGGACUUGAUUUUGGGUCCCACCACGGAAAACGAAGGAGUAGGCCAGCCAGAAUCAACGACGGUCAAGAACACACUCUCCUGGAUGGACAUACUGCUGGGUCCCGAUGAUGAGGAGCUGGGCCCCAAGACAGAAGCCUAUCUGGAGAGCAGUACCACCCUUAAUUCGCCCGAAGAUGGCGUUAUUCCUUCCACAAAUAGUAUAAAACGCGUUGCAGAGGAUUUCGAUGAACAGUUGGACAACGGAGAAAUGGCAGUGGGUGAACUACCAGCGGAGGCUCAACAAAUUGGUUUGGCGAAUGCCGGAAUUUGGCCAGCACCAGCCAAGGAUGUGGUGGCCCCAGCAAAAGAAGAACCCAGUUUGUUCAACGCCUUUAUGGAUGGUCUGUCUGGUAUGCUCGAAGAGCCACUCAAUCAGACCUCGACAAGUACAACCACAAGCACUGAGAGACCAACCACUGUGCAUGCACCACCCAUGUUCCGACCGUUGGCUAGUGGCAAGCCAAUUCACACGCGAAUAAACUCGAAACUGGCCAACCUCACGGUUACACCGCCCAUGCUGGUGGUGACCAGCAAAUAUGGUCAGCCGGUGACCCACAGAACAGCGGAAAAGAGGGUCAACGCCACCAAAAGCACAGAGAAACCAAGUGUCAGCACCACCCAGCGAGCAGUACUAGAUACCAAUGUAAAAACCACAACGAAGCCAAGCACUACGGUUAAACCCAAGCUAAAGACCACAAGGAAAACCACUACCACCUCGAAACCUACUACUCCAAAACCCACAACUCCGAAACCUUCGACAACAAAACCCACAUCACCUAAACCAACGACUACAAAGCCCACAACUCCAAAAUCAACCACUCCAAAGCCCACAACUCCAAUACCCACAACUUCGAUAACUUCCAAUCCAAAACCAACAACUACGACGACAACAACAACCACCAUUCGAACCACCGGCAAACCCAAGUUUAAGCCAAAGCCUAAACCCUAUAUUACAAGCACUCCAAAGCCUCUGGUAAUCAAAACUAACCCGAGUAUUUUGGAAGCCGAACCUUUGGAUACCAGCGGUGAACCCACAUUGCCACCCAGUCUACCGAACUUAAAAAUAAUCCCUUUUCUCCCAACCGAUGCUGUGGAAACGGUUUCCAAGGAGAAGUAUUCGCCCAACUUCUAUCAACAGACGGUGGCCUCGGAUAAAAUGGAUGUGGUGGGGUAUGAUACCAUGGAUGAUUCGGUAGCUCUGUUCUCGCAAUCUCAGCCGGAUCAGGCUGCCUAUAAGUACAAGUUCAAUGUGGAAGUGCCAGCAGUUGAAUCCGCCCCAGAACCAGUUGUUCAUGUGGGUGGUAAAUAUGAAGGCAGUGCUGCCUACGUGAACUUUGAUUUUGAUCAGCCGGUGGUGCCGCCCCCUCACAAUGGGUUCUCACCACCCACCGAAACGGAGGGAGGGUUCAUGCCCAAGGAACCGCUGGUCAUCGAUGGCGAGGUCCUUCAGGAACAUGUCACCUCAAGUGAAAUCAAUGGGCCUCUUGACAACUUCCAUGUGACGCAUCACAUUAUCGAAAUCACAACAUCGGGGACACAAGCAAACGACACUGCUUCGAUAGAAAUCACUACACCCGAUCCCUUUAAAGAUGUCAUACACACAGAGCCUUCGCCCAAUCUCGAUGAACUAAUCGUUGACAAGGCGAACAAGAAGCCGAUUGAAGAGCAUAUUGAGACUGUCACUUACAGUAUUAGCAACUCAACAGCAUCAUCUACAUCGUCAACCACCAGCAGCACAACAACGAUAACGACAACAAAGCCAACAACAACAGCAACAACAACAACGGAAAAGGAAAAGGAAGCCACCUCGAUAGAUAAAUAUGAAAUCAAUAAAUUAGAUAAGCUACUGGAAGAGCUGCUUGGCAUGGAGUUGUCCAAAGAGGAAGUGGUGAGCAGCACAGUGCCGGCAUUUAAGCAACUGCCAACAGCAACGCCAACAAUAGCAGCAAUACCAACAACAGCAGCAGCAGCAACACCAACAGCAACAACAACGACAAGCACGGCAGCAAAAUCCACCGCAGGUCGGCCACCAGCGACAACACGUGCUCCGGCCAAAAAGGGAAAUAGUAAAACGAAAAACAAACAGACCACCGGCAACAGACGCAAAGUCCAGAGUGCCACGCGACGCCAGAGCACGGCAGCAACAACUAGAGCCCCACCAGUAACAACGGCAUCGGCAUCGGCGGCCACAACCACGGGGCAGCCCACAACAACGAGGGGCACACUGCAUCCAUUUUUAAACUCACCGUUCGACAAAUUGCCCUUCAUGGAUACCAGCUAUGAGGUUAGACCGCACCGAUUGCAGCCGCAGCAGCAGGCGUUGCAGGCACCGCAGCAACAGCAGCAACAUGAGCCCCCACCGCAGCAAUUCCACCAUUACCAACAUGCAACACGACCGCCGACGACAGCUCCACCAGCAGCAUCAUCCCCGGAGGAUAUGCUCCAGGGAUCGGGCUUGGGCUUAGGUUCGGGUUCAGGUUCAGGUUCAGGUUCGGGGGAAAGGACUGGAGGAGCAGCAGGAUUUCUAGGGGGCGAUGAUCCCCUUGGUCAGCUCAAGUUGGCGGGCUGUAACAUAUACGGACGCAUGUAUCGGGUUGGCAGGAUUAUCGUGGAAUUAUCCAGCCAGUGCCUGGAAUGCAAGUGCACCGAAGUGGGCGUCAAGUGCGGCCCAUUAGACUGUUAGUUUAGAUAUCCUCCAUGAUUGUAGUCCCCCAGGGAGUGUAUAGUGCUUAAGCGUCAGUUCGUAGCAGUAGUUUAUAGAUUGCAUGCUAACUAAGGGGUAAUUUAGGCCUUAUUUAGACACUAAGUUGUAUUAUAGAAAAUUACAGUUAUUUCUUUGAAAACGAAACAUAAGACAUACUGCACGGCAUUUAUAACAUACAAGUAUAUUAAUUAAGUUUAUAAUA